AGUGAAAUUUUCUAUUUUAAACUUCUAAUAUAUAAGAACAUUGAUUAUUUGUUUUAAUUACAAUAGUAAGAUAUAAUAACUUUUUAUAACAUUUAUAACAAAUCAACAUACAUAUUUUUUAAACAUUUAUUUUUUAUUUUAUUAUAUAUCUAAAGAAUAUACUCUCAGUGUUAGUAUUAUGAAUGUACUAUUCAAUACGUUAUUAAAAGCGUAUGGUUCGUGGCUAAGUAAAAGUUAAGUUUAUUUGUGAUAAACUUUUAUAAACAUUUUAUAUAUAAGUAAAAUUAUACAUCAAUACUUUAAACAAAUCAUUUAUAAAAAAAAUAAGCCAAAAAAUUAUUUAUUAAAAAAGUAAAUAGAAAAAAUAAAAAUUAGUAAAUAAGUAAAAAAUGGCAUUAAUUAGAAGAGCAACUCAUGCUGGUAGUUGGUACGCAAGUUCUGGAUUGGAGUUGAAUAAACAAUUAGAAGGUUGGUUGAGUGCUGCAGACUUAUCACAUGGACCUGCUAGAGCAAUAAUUGCUCCACAUGCAGGUUACAGCUAUUGUGGAGCAUGUGCUGCUUUUGCAUAUCGCCAGAUUAGUCCUGUAGUUGUGCGUAGAAUUUUUAUUCUUGGUCCAUCACACCAUGUGAGAUUAGCAGGCUGUGCUCUUUCCUCUGCUUCAAUUUAUCAAACUCUUUUGUAUGAUCUACAUAUUGAUCAACAAGUGUAUAGAGAACUUGAAGAAACUAGACACUUUGAAUGGAUGGAUUUAAACACAGAUGAAGAAGAACAUAGUAUUGAAAUGCAAUUGCCAUUUAUUGCAAAAGUUAUGGAAGGGUUUAAAGAUUCUUUUACAAUAAUUCCUAUAUUAGUGGGUUCAUUAAGUCCUGAAAAAGAAGCACUUUAUGGAAGAUUAUUAGCACCAUAUAUGGCUGAUCCACAGACAUUAUUUGUUAUAUCUUCAGAUUUCUGUCAUUGGGGUCAACGGUUUCGCUAUACCUAUUAUGAUAGAUCCUGUGGCCCUAUUCAUAGGUCUAUUCAAAAUCUUGACAAAAUGGGUAUGGAUAUCAUUGAAACAUUAAAUCCUACAAUGUUUAAUGAUUAUCUUAAAAAAUAUGGUAAUACAGUAUGUGGUCGACAUCCUAUUAGUAUUCUUUUACAGGUAAUUCAUAGUCUAAAAGGAAAUACUAAUGGUCAAAGAAUGAAUUUGAAGUUUCUUAAAUAUGUUCAAAGUAACCAGUGCAAUAAUAUGAAUGAUAGUUCUGUUAGUUAUGCCAGUGCUUCCUUGGUUCUUGAGUGAUACAAUACACUUUCACUAUUACUUGAAGAAUUUGCAGAAAGAAAGUAUUAAAAAAAUAAAAAAAAAUAAAUAAAAAAAAUAUUUAAAAAAGAAAUAAAAAAACGGCAGUAAUAAUCUAUUAAUCAUAAAAAGCAUUAAUUAUAAUUUUUUAAAAUUUUGUUUUUAAAAAAAUAACAUUUAAAAUCAAGUUACAAUUUGCUAUUAUAUUGUAUGGAACUUUCUCAAUGGCUUGAGAAAGAAUAUUAUAUUAAUUUGUUAAUGAAUGUGAUGAAUAGAAAUGUACUAUCAAACUUUUUGCUUGAAAAAUAUUUCGGUUUAUUACUUACAAGAAAUAAUCAGUACUUCCAAAUUUCUAUUAUGGAAGGAGCUUAAAUAUUUCUUUGCUUUGAUUAGUAAUUACAAUUAUAAUUACAGAAAUAAUAAAUAUAUAAAGUACAUUUUAUAUAUACUAAAAAAGCAGAAGGUUCAAUCUAUUGAUGAAAAAGAGAAAAAUUCAAUCUAAAAGAAAAUAUUUAAUUAUCAAUUUAUUUGAUUGACUUUAUUAUAGCUUUAAAAAUUGUAAAAGAAAUAACAAAAAAUAUUUAAUAUUAUUUUAAUAUUGUAUGAUGUUAUUAAUUUAAAGUUUUAAGGAAAUAAGUUGAAAUUAUAAUAAAAAAUUAUAGUAACUAUAUUGUUUAUAAAACGUUAAGAAACAUUGAAAUAUUUAUAAAUUUAUAAAUUAUAAUUUAAAUAUAGAAGAAUGUUUAUUAUAUUUGACUAUGUUAAUUGUAAUUUUGUAAAUUAAAAAUAUAUUGUUAAUAUAAAAUUAUUAUUUAUAUAUAUUAUUUUUUUUAGAAAUCUAAAUUUUUAUUUAUAUAUAAUUUUAUAAUGUUUAAUUUUUGAUUAUUAUUAUUAUUAUUCUGAUUAUAUUAUUAUUCUGACAAUAAAUAUUAGGAAAAUUAAUAAAUAGAAAAUAUUUUGACAUAAAUUGCAUUUUUUAUCUCAGGGAUUAUAAACUUAAAGCUAAAAAUUUAAAACUAAAAUAUACCUCUUCUAGAUCAUUAGAAUGAACAAUCUGCAAUUGAUCAAUAUUAAAUGAAAUAUUACAGAUAAAUAGCACAUACAACUUAAUCAUGUUCUCUUUAAAACAAAGCAAUGAAAUGAUCUCAUAUCCUUCCUACUCUUUAUUAUCUUGUUAUUCCUUGUUAGUGUAAGAAAUUAUAAACAAAUACUGUAUUGUUAUAAUAUCAGAAUAUAAAUGUGAAAGAGAAUCAGUGUGAAAAAAUAUUUACAUAAUAUGUAACUAUUAUUGAUAUUCUUUUACUUUUAAUAAAGUAUCAAUGUUAAAAUAAAACAUUUUUGUAUUAAAUUAUACAUGAAUUCGUUUUGUAAUAAAAUAAACUAUAAUAAAUGAACAUAA